AUGUUAAUUUUCUUUGUUCCAUUUAUAAUUUCAGACUGUCCUGAAGGAUCAGUCUAUGAUAUUCCUUCAAAUGUUACAUCAAUUGAAGUUUCUGCAUUUUAUGAUUGUUCUAGUCUUACAAGUAUAACAAUUCCUUCAAGUGUUACAUCAAUCGGAGAUUUUGCAUUUUAUGGUUGUUCUAGUCUUACAAGUAUAACAAUUCCUUCAAGUGUUACAUCAAUCGGAAAUUCUGCAUUUUAUGGUUGUACUAGGCUAACCAGUAUAACAAUUCUUUCAAGUGUUACAUCAAUCGGAGAUUCUGUAUUUUAUAGAUGUUCUAGUCUUACAAGUAUAACAAUUCCUUCAAGUGUUACAUCAAUCGGAAAUUCUGCAUUUUAUGGUUGUUCUAGUCUUACAAGUAUAACAAUUCCUUCAAGUGUUACAUCAAUCGGAAAUUCUGCAUUUUAUGGUUGUACUAGUCUUACAAGUAUAACAAUUCCUUCAAGUGUUACAUCAAUCGGAAAUUCUAUAUUUUCUAGUUGUUCUAGUCUUACAAGUAUAACAAUUCCUUCAAGUGUUACAUCAAUCGGAAAUUCUAUAUUUUCUAGUUGUUCUAGUCUUACAAGUAUAACAAUUCCUUCAAGUGUUACAUCAAUCGGAGAUUAUGCAUUUUAUAGAUGUUAUAGUCUUGCAAGUAUAACAUUAAAAACACCUCAAGAUAUCUCUGGUUCUAUCUCAUCUAAUGCCUUUACCAAUUGUGAAAUUCAAGAAUUAAUUUAUGAAAACCAAGGAUUCACACUCAUUAAUGAUUUGUCUCUCAAAGAAACAGUCACAACAAUAAAAUUCGAUUUUUUACAUACAAAUACAAUUAAACGACUUAAUGAAGAGAAACUUUUUUCAUCACUUUUAAAUUUCAACAAAUUAAUCAAUAUCUCAAUAGGAAAUAUCAAUGAUUACACUAUUCCUGCAUCAUUUAUUAAUGUUAAUAAUGUAAAAAUCUUUAUUUCAAAUGAUAUUCAGUCAAUUAAUUCUCAGGCAUUUUCAAGUGUUGACAUUGGAUAUUUCAUUUAG